GGACCCUGAACUGAAGCUUCGGCUGCACACCCCAAGGUGUGUGCGCGUAGAUUACCCCCGUAUGACGUUUGUCCCACCUUAACCCUCUUCCUUUGACCACCCGCAGGUCUUGCGACAGGCUGCAAAGCGGGAAGGUCCAGAACAGAAUUUGAGCUACUCAAAUAAGUGCAAGUGCAGUGACUGGCUGGCCGACAGCAACUGAUCCCUCCCUCUCUCCACUUCACGACCUUCAUCUUUUCAGACCCACCCACAAACAAAUUCACAGCCUUCACCAGCCCAAACGCCUUUCCGGACCAAAAACCCAAUUCUGUCUCUCUGGCUGUCUGUCUUCGGUUCAUCUCUGCCUCUUACACCAACAAGAUCUGCAACCAACCCACACGCAAAAAUGUCGUCCUCCAACAUCCCCACCUCCACCUCUGUGCUGGAGAGCGUCGUCAUCAAGGCGCCCCUCUCCCACGUCUGGCACUUCAUCAAGCUGCAGGACUUCUCCAAGUUCUGGACCGCCCUCACCAAGUCCGAGUUUGUCAAGGGCGCCAACGAGGAGGCCGACCUGGUCAGGUGGACCUUCAAGGACGGCAGCGUCUACGAGGUCAAGCAGGAGGAGCACUCUUCCAUCAACCACACCAUCACCUACAGCAUCAUCACCUCCAGCCCGGAGCUCACCUACUCCAGCGUCCUGAGCACCAUCCGCCUGCACGCUGUCACCGCUGGCGCCCAUGCUGGAAGCACCUACGUCGAGUGGAGCGCUAACUUCUCCAGUGAUGCCACUGCUGAGGUCAUCUCCGAUGCCAAGUACAAGCGUAUCGAGGCUCUGAGCGACCUGGAGAAGGCUGCCAUCAAGGCUUAGAUGCCUAGGUCAGGAUUCGACUUGGUCAAAAGGCCAUGAUGGGCCAGGGAACAUGGAAACGAUGAAUGAUCUUUCCCAGAUUGGUAAUCAUGAAUAAUGUGUGGGUGUCCUGGGCAAAAGCCUCGGACAUGGAGGAAUCAAAUCUUGCUUUGUCACGCCUCAGUAGGCACAAAAUUCAUUUCCAUCGUCACAUAAUGUUCCCCAAUGGAAAACUCCUUUAUGUGUCUGGAAAUAUGCCUACCAAGAGGCAUUCCAUAAUUGCCAGAGGACUGCAGGCACUUGUGAAACUGAAGUUUUCCAUCGUGUGGAUAUCGAGUGUGCACAUGGUCUCUGGGCUGCAGUUGUUAUCUAUUAAAGCUCGUCCAAAAGAGGACUGUAGGGUGGGUUCUCCCACUGACAGGGGCUCGAACCAGUCUUGCUGCCCUUUACAGAGCAUCACCUUUCACCAAAUGCACAAUCUUGGAAGUUGUUUUCUUCA